GCCAAAAUAGUUUUCAAGCAGAUGAUAAGAUCGGAUUUUUUUCCCCCCUUUGCCCUUUCUUCCAUGUCGGUGGUGUGGUUUUUAUGUUUUUCCUUCCAGCGGUGGGGAUACGUUGCAAGACGAGACCCGCCUGUGCGUUAGUGCAGAGCGGUGUGUGUGCGCGCAUUCACCGGCCAGAGCUGCGCGGCGCGGCGCAGGGGAGGCGAGCAAAGAGCAAAGCCUGGGGAGCAAGUGGAGACUAUCACAGCUCUCUGGGUUUGACUUCUGAAGGAGCGAUACAGCCUCUGACUCAUCCGGUGGAAACAUAUAAUCGCUUUUUAUUUUCUAUAUCUGCGCCCCCUUUCCUCUGAUUUCCCUGCCUCCUUCUCCUCCUACUGUUGGCUCUGAGGAGGAAAACAGACGGAUUUUUCACUCCACGUUUGGGUUGAUUUUCUUUUUUUCAUCUAUUUUUUUUUGCAAAAUGCGACAUGCGCUCCACGUUUGGCGUAUCUCGGAGCCUGGCACACCCGGAAUAGCCCUGCGUUUUUUUGCGUAUUGACUUUGCCAGUCUUUUGCUCCACUUUUCUUUUGCUGGUUUCUUUUUAAGAGUGGGAUUUAACGCAUUUUUUUCUCUUUUGGAUUUGGACUCCUGUCGGUCUUUGCGGGGAUCCUAGGCGCUGUCAACGCGCACUGCAAAGGGGAGGGGAGGACAGGGGAAGAGGGACAGUCCUGUCACCCAGAGUGCUUCAAGUGUCCGGGGUGUGUGUGUGUGGAGACCGGUGGGGGGGGGGGGAUGUUUAGCAGCACCAACCCUCAGCUGUUAAACUGCAUGUUCCUGCUCCAAAUGAUCUCCUAAAUCUAAUCUAAUCCAGGACCGAGGACAUCCGCGUAUCCAAAGCUGACUGUAAUCAAGAUGGAGAGUGAAAAGAAGAGGAGGAAAUACUCCACAAGCAGCAAUGACUCUGACACCACUGACAGUCAAGUGACGUCAUGGUCAAGGUCCUCCAAGAAUACCGGCACCAGCAGCACAUGGGUCCGUCUUCAGCACAAGAAACCGUCAGAGGUGUUUCGUACAGACCUCAUCACGGCCAUGAAGCUGCCAGACUCAGCCCAGCUCGGCCCAGACGACUUCUACGUGCUGUCAGACCCCUGGAGACAAGAGUGGGAGAAGGGAGUGCAGGUCCCAGCCAACCUGGAAGCCAUACCAGAGCCUGUGGUCAGGUCGCCGGCGGAGUCGACAGGUGGUGUGACCAUCGACGGUCAGCUGAAGGAGGGAGAUGCACAGCCUCCUCGCUCCCAGCUCCACAGCUGCUAUGACCUGGAUGACCUGGAUGUUGCCUGGCUGCAGCUGGUUAACCAGGAGUUCAGGCAGAUGGCCCUACCGGAGUUGGACGAGCUGACGAUGGAGUGUGUUCUGGUCGAGCUGGAGAGCGUGUGCCAGGAAAAGAUGCAGCAGGCCAUAGAGACGGAGGAGGGUCUCGGCAUUGAGUACGAUGAAGAUGUGGUGUGCGAUGUGUGCCGCUCGCCAGAGGGAGAGGAUGGCAACGAGAUGGUCUUCUGUGACAAGUGCAAUGUCUGCGUUCAUCAGGCUUGUUACGGCAUCUUGAAGGUACCACAGGGAAACUGGCUGUGUCGGACCUGCGCUUUGGGGGUUCAGCCAAAGUGUCUGCUAUGUCCCAAGAGAGGGGGGGCUCUGAAACCCACUCGCAGUGGAACCAAGUGGGUCCAUGUCAGCUGUGCCUUAUGGAUCCCUGAGGUGAGUAUAGGCUGCCCAGAGAAGAUGGAGCCCAUUACCAAGGUGUCCCACAUCCCCGCCAGCCGCUGGGCUCUGUACUGCAGCCUGUGCCGAGAACACACAGGAACCUGCAUCCAGUGCUCCAUGCCCUCCUGCAUUGUGGCCUUCCAUGUGACGUGCGCCUUUGACCACGGCCUGGAGAUGAAGACCAUCCUGGCUGAAAACGAUGAGGUGCGCUUCAAGUCCUUCUGCCUGGAGCACAGCUCCACCGCCACCAACACGACCAGUGUAACCAAUGGAAACCACGCCGUCCCUUCAACCACCGACUUAGCUGCCAGAUCCGACUGGGCUCCUGGCUCUGAACUGCAGCCAGAGCAGCACCAGGGGUUUAACAGCUGCGGUGACACGGAUCAGAGCAGAGUAUCACACCUGGUCUCGGUGUCUGCAUCAGAGCGAGCCGAGCGAGACCAGCUGGAGAGAGAGAAGGUUAGCCAGAGGAAGCAGAAGCUCCAGGAGCUGGAGGAUGAGUUUUACAGACUGGUGGAUCCAAGCGACGUAGCCGAAAACCUUGAGCUGCCGCUCAUUCAGGUGGAUUUCUUAUAUCAGUUCUGGAAGUUAAAGAGGAAGGCCAACUUCAAUCAGCCCCUAGUCACUUUAAAAAGGGACGAGGUGGACAACCUGGCCCAGCAGGAGCAGGACGUCCUCUACAGACGACUCAAACUCUUUACGCACCUUCGUCAGGAUCUGGAGAGGGUGCGUAACUUGUGCUACAUGGUGACACGGAGGGAAAAAAUGAAGCACACCCUCAGCGACCUCCAGGAGAAGAUCUUCCAACUGCAGAUCCAGCUGCUAGAAGAAGAAACGGCAGGAGAGAAAACCCAGAAACCAGAAAAGAAGAAACAAAAUGGAGUGAAGAAUAAAAAGAAAGAGAGAAGGAAGCUUAGUGCUGGCAAGAAAAAGGAGAGAUGGAAGUCGGAGAACGGAUCCCUGCUUAAAGAGCUUGGUAAAGUUUAUGUCUGUCUAAUGCAGGGCGAGGAAAGCCUCCUGAACCUUAUGAUGGAGAACUCUAUGCAGCCUGCCUGGAAAACACCUCAGCUGGGCCGCAAACCCAGGGGGAGCAUCAAACCCCGUUCACGGGGACAAACUACUGCGAGCAACCAGCCUCUUUUUGGAGCAGCUGCAUCUGCCACCAGCUGCCCCUCUACAGCAAAGAGCCUCUGGGAAAAGUCCAGCCAUGUAGGCCAGAAAGGCGAAAAGCCAAGAAGCUCGUUUAAGACCGUGCACCACCAUGUUCAUCAACACCAGACCAGGAGCUCUGACCUGUACAGUGACCCACCACCACAGCCGCCUAUCUCCAAAAUGGAUUCCUGCCACAUUUCUGAGGAGCGUGGCCCGUGGGACAGCGUCCACAUGGGAAAUGGGGUUGUGUUGGGGGAUGGAUCUGGUUUUACAGCCAGCUCUUCUCCAUCUCCGGCCUCCAGUCCGGGUAUCACAGUGCCUGACGCCAGGGCAAUCCUCCGAGGUGGGGGACCAAGGUCCCGCCUGGCCCGUCAGGGCAGAUCCAGAGUAAGGGGAGGCUUUGGGGAACUGGACUCCAUGGACCUGCCACUCACAGGGAAGGGCACAUCCUUGCUGGAUGCUGCCGACACUGAUGGGUAUUUCUCUGAUGGUGAGAGUGAUUUGGAAGUGCGUUCCGGUGGACGUAAACUUCGGCUGCCUCAGUUGCAUUCUGCGAAUGAGGAUCUACUGAGAAGAAGCGUUCUGGCGUCCUAAACAACCUAGACUCAAACAAAAACACAAAGGAAGAUUUCAAAGCUGACUGGUGGCUGAGCAGCCUUGUUAAACCAAAUCUGUCAUAUCUAUCAGUGGUGACUUUUUCCAGCUCUGCUUUGUUUUUUUGUUGUUGUUUUUUUUAGGGAGGGGUGAUCUGAAUGUAGCUGUAUGCUUAUCGUACAGUAAAGCUUCUCCACUGGACCACAGUUUGACGUUAGCUCAUCAUACAGUACUCUCAGCAAAUAGGAAACAAACAUAACCAUUUGUCUUUGUAUAUUUCUGAUGACUUUUCUUUCCGAGCGCUUAAGCACCCAGUUCUGGCCUCAUGUCUGCAGUAUGCGUUGGACCUGGGAACAAACACUUUGGGGCAUUAUUCUAAUUAUUCAAGCUGGUUUCAGGUGUGCAACAUUCUUCUUUUGAAAGUCCAAGUUGCAUCCAAGGAGUACUUGUUUUCUGAAAUAUGUUCGCUCAAAGACAAUUUCAUACCAGAGUUGACAUGAAUAUGUAUGGAGGGUGGCACAGGACGGCAUGUACUCAGCCAUGAAAAGCACAACUAGUCAGAUGAGCUGUCAUGGAAGCACUUGAGUGUAUAAUAGAUACUCAUUCAGGGCUGGGGUCAGUUUAAUUCCUGUUGACUCAGAAGAAGAGUUUACACAGAAGCCUUUUUUUUUUUAAUUAGUUUUCAGGCCCUAAAAAGCAGAUAUCUUAUCCAAUUUCUUCCUACUCAGCGAAGAUUGACCCCAACCCUGCUGUUGUGUCAGACUGUCACAGAGACACAAACACACACAAACAUACACUCCGGAACAUUUACAUGUCUACUUGCAUCUUAGCAUUGUAUAAAUAUUUCAUAAAUUCUUCUCCACUGCUGUCAAAUUCUUCCAAAAUUGACUUUAUUCCCCCUAAAUUUUAAAAAACAGAAAAACAAAAUCAGUACAGAAACGUUGUGCCUUCGGUUACUUCCUGUGACCUCCCCACGAAACAAUCAAUGACUAAACCAAUCAAUUGUCUCGCAAUCAAAAUUUUUAACAAUCAAAGCAAAGCAAAAUCCUGCUAGAUUGGUUGCCACGUGUAGCCAUCUGGUGUCUUGUCACCUUAGCGAUUGAAUAGUGCCUAAAAAAACAACGGAAAUGCAUGCAGCCUUUGCCAUUUAUUUUAAGCGAUUAAUCUGCAGCUCUUUGCAACACAGGGCCACACAGCGCUGUCAAUGCAAAGAUCUGCCUACUCUUAUAAGCCCCAGUUAAAUGACUCAUUUGCUGCAGAGAGCCAUUAAAAACAAGUGCUUGGCCAAGUUACACUGUUCUUGUUUUAUAGACGCCUACAAGAUACCUGUUGCUCAUGUCUGAUCUGUUGAGAUAAAAACGGCUUUUCAGAUUCUAAUCUUUACCUAUUUUAAUCUGUUCUCUUUUUAUAACCAAAUUAUCUAGGUGUUGUAACUCAAAAACAAAAUAAAUCAAAUGCUUUGACUUUUUUGCAAUGCCUUCAAAAUCAUCUAAAACUGCUGAUAAAAUGAGCAAAUAUCAAUAUCUUAUAAGAAAUCAUACAGUAAUAGUUUGUCUUCCCGGUGUAAACAGAUAUUUUUAUUCUCAGUUUUUAUGAAAGAAGAGUCAAUAAAGAGCAGGCUUUUAAACAUGUAAAGUAAAACUAAUAAAAGAGAAAACAUUUUUUUAACAGUCUUUAAAUAUAUGCGAUUAGAACAGUUAGUGUUACCAGUUUUAAACGGCAGACACCAUCUGAAUUCCCCUUGGGAACG